GCUGCAUGGUUGAACACGUGAGAAGGCCCCUCAUGGCUCCGAUGAUGACCUGUAAUGGACAUCAAAAGACUGUUUAGCUUGGGUGCCUACUGCCUACAAGUAAAACGAGGCGAACCUGCAAAACCCGUAGCUGACGCAUAGGGAGGGGAGGAACAUUAGCCUGGACCCUGGAAAGAGCAAGCAAGUCGGCGACGGGCAACCCGUUUCGGCGGCGGCGCUAGGGCGCGGACCCCCAGCAAGUAGCCACCGCAGGCAAGCUCCUCCUCCCGCCCGCCCAUUGGAAUGCGGAGAGAUCCACCCGGGAGUGGGUGGAUUGGUUUCUUCCUCUGUUGGUAAGUGAUUCCUGGCCGGGCUUUGCUUGGACGGAUUCCGUCCUAGGAGCUUUUGUUUCUUUGUCGCCAGGCGAACUGAAUCUUGCUUCUUCCCCACACGUUGUGCUGUGGAUAAGCCUGCUGCUUGGUGUCUAUCCGUUCAGGACCUGAUACUUCAAAUGGACUAUUAUGGACUCAGCUUGGUAUCUGAAAAAGAACCAGCAUAGCUACACUCCCUUUGCAAGACUAAUAGACUCUAAAGAUGCCUCCCUCACCAUCACCUAGGAGAUCUCUGAAAGAAGUUUGCCACGCAAGGGGGCAUAGUUUUGUCAGUAUUCUGCCUGCUAAAUCGAAGGAUGAUGAACUCACGUUGUUCAAGGAUAUGCAGAAAUAUGAGAGGGAUAACUUCUUACUGGAAGCAACAGAGGAUUUUGAUGAAUCCAUCUCAAAGUUGAGAUAUUUUCGAGAUUCAAAGAUUGGUGUCAACAUUGCUGCACGCGGAGAAAAUCGUGAUUUACUUAAUACUGAUGGUGAAAGAAAUGACUAUGAUUGGCUGUUGACUCCACCAGAGACCCCACUUUUUCGUUCAUUGGAUGAUGAAGAUCAACACAUUGGUAUGGCUCAUAGGGGCAGGGCGCAGGUUAAGCCAAUAUCAAUUUCGAGGUCUUCCACAAUGGAAAAUACUCAAAGUUUUAACAGAAGAAGUGCAAGCCCAAGUAGGCUUAGCCCAGCACCACGCUCAUGUAGCAGCACUAUGUUGACAAGGAUAAGAUCAUCAAAUUCUUCUUCACGAUGCAGCCCUGCACUUCAUUUGCAACCAGCGGCACCAUCACGAAGGUCUUCGACUCCUCCAGCUUCUAGGACAUCAACACCUCCACAAAGGUCACCAAGUCCUGCUUCAAGGAGGUUGAGUACUGGCUCAAGUGACCCAAUUUUAAACAGAAAAGGAGGAACUUCGCCUGUUAAAACCAGUAACAGGCCAUCGUCACCAAAACUUCAAGGUUGGCAAUCAAGUGACCCUGGUUUCUCUUUUGACGCACCUCCGAAUCUACGCACAUCUCUGUCAGAUCGUCUAGUAUCCCAUUCAAGGGGUGGAUCUCCUUCAUCUUUCAGUGGAUUGGACAUGAAUUGGAGAGGUAGAAGGCAAUCUGUGUCUCCCACUCCAUCAAGAAGAGCCAGUUCAUCGCAUAGCAAUGAUCGAUUCAGCUCAUACAGCAAAGCAUCUGCAACAUCUUCUGCUGAAGACGACCUAGAGUCUAUGCAGUCUGUGCUGAUUAGUUACUCCAGUAGCCCAGCUCUAAGAAAGAACAUGCCAGUAAUAAAAUCCAGAACUAUUGCAUCACCUAAGAAGCCGUCCAAGAGUUUCUCCCCUAGUUCUGGUCCAAAGAGGUCCUUUGAUUCUGCAGUUUGGUUAAUGGAUCGUCGCAAAGCUCCUCAAGAUAAGUUCAGGCCACUUCUAUCAAGUGUUCCUUGCACCACAUUUGGUGUUGGCAAAGGGGAUAAUGUACACUCAUCUAUGUUGUCUCAUAAUUCCUCACUCACAACAAGCAGUAAUUUAAGCUCUGACCAUGGUGUCACUUUUAGCCCUUGUAUGGGUAAUGAACAAGGACCAAGUGAUAUAGCCGGUGACUGUGAAGCAACACCUACUUACAGUUUGUCUGCUACUCAAAGUAGCCCAAAAUCUCCAAGCACAGAAAAAAAUGCGGAAAGUAACAUGGAAGACCUCAAUAUGGAAAGAAGUAGAAUAGUCGAGACUUCAGGUAAUGUUGCAAGUGGUUCCAAGGCUGGGCUAACUAAAAUGGCAACAUGCACUAGGUGUGAAAAGUUAUUUAAUGCGAUAAAAGAUGAUGGAGAAAUUGAUUUGUGUGAAGAAUGUGGUUUAGUAGAUGAGGUUCUUUUUGUGAACCCCAAGAUAGAGACUUUGGAAGAACAUCAAAAAGACCACAAAACUAGAAUUUCUAAACCUUGUGUUGCCUUGGAAGCUCCUCACAUUACUCCCGAUCAUGGUGAAGAUACCAAGAAGUCAUUUCUUGAUAGUCAGCUGUUGAAUGAUGAACCUCCAGCUGAUUGUCUGCAAAAGUGUCCUCAGUCUCAGUCAACAAUAUAUACAACCGACAGAAUGCUUUUAAUGCUGCAUGGAGAGAAUGUUAAUGAAAAUUUAAGGCCAGAUGAUGUUGGCAACUCUUCCCAAGGAAGUAGCCUCGAUAUUUCAUCCCAUCAAUGUAACAUAAAUAAUUAUCAACAAUCGGAACUAGCAUCUGUAGUUGAGUGUGAUAAUUUAAGAGAUCAAACUGCCAACCACCAGAAUGAGGUGUUCCAACGCCUGCCAGGGUCAGUGUAUCAAAGCAUUGAAUUUGCCUCUAAUACACUUACCUAUGACAGUUGUUGUAAACAGGGAUCGGCUGGGCAUUCAAAUCUAAAGGUUGAAAAUACGGAGGGUGCUGGGAUUUCAGUACUGCUGCAGAAGUCAAGCAGUAACAAAUGGCCUGUUAUAGAAGGGCGACCCUUAGCUGGUACAAAUAUUAUCUGUUCAGAACCCUACUAUACAAGAGAUGGUGUUACUAUGCUAAAGCGUACCAUUGGAUGGGAUAGUUCAUCAGCGUCUUCCAUUGAUCAAGGGUCUACAAGGCAAUCUGGACAUUUGGAACACCUUAAAAGUAGUAAUCGUCAUGACUUUGAGAAGUCUCAAAUAAGUAGUACCAUGAGUUGUAAAAGCAUUGCAUCCAUGUCAGACAUGUCAAGUAGCAAUUGUUCAGUUUCAGUUUGUCCUCGGGAUGAUGCAAUUGCAGAUACUGGCUUCCUAACCGACAAUUCAGAAAGCAGUGCUCCUCGAUCCAUAAUUUGUACUGAAGAACUUAAUGAGUCGUGUAAGUACACACUCUCAAGUGCUAUAGAGUGCUGGUCUGCUGCACAGGCUAUUGUUAAUGUUGGCAUUGGUUCAACUGAAGAUGUAGUGAUUCAGAAACUAUGUACAGGUAGGAUGGUUCACAAAGAUUACACAAGUGAUAACUCAUGUUCAUCAGAUACUGAAACAUGUAGCAAUAUCUCACUCUCUCUGGCUCCUGAGGAACGAUGCAUACAGAAAAUUGAAGAAGGUACCUCAGUUGGCACUCCAGAACACCCAGAUGGUGAUUGUGGCAUCAGUAAUUAUCAAAUGCAGCAUGAAACAAUUCCUGAGGCAGAUAGGUUGGAUGAUGGUUGUGCGUCUGUUAUCUCUGAGGAGGCCAACAUAAUGGGGCUUCCUGGUAAUGUUGAGGGACCAAGAGAACAAACUCAAAGAUGCUUCACCUUAGAAGAGGCUACGGAUACAAUUCUCUUCUGCAGCUCCAUUGCCCAUGACAUUGCAUACAGGGCUGCAACAAUUGGACUGGAGCAUGAACAGCAUUCAGAACUUGCUUCUGCUCGUCGCCCAGCAGUUCCCAUGGCAGGACAAUCCAUUCCCAGGGGUGAUGGUUCACGGAAACCACCCCACAGACUAGUGCCAAGACAUAGGAAAAGAUCAGAAGGUGAAACAGUUACAGAACCUGACAAGAUGGAAGUGGUCGCUGAAGAUCCUAUACCUGUUCGGCCAGUUCCUGAAUUUUCAAGGACAUCAGGCAGCUUCAAGUCUCCAAAGCGCAUGUGAGUUAACAAAUGAAUCUGCACCCACCUGGUUCAGUAAGCAGCAGCGACCUACAAUUUUUUUUGGUUGUGGUGCAUUUGCCCUUUAUUUCUGGGUCAUAGAGUGCUCAACGAGCCAUUCUUUUGUAAAUUCUUGCUUCUCCAGUCAGUUCUAUGGUUUGUCUAUUUUUUUUUCCUGAGAGUCAACAUCUCAAGCUUAAGCAUAUUUAUAUAAUAAAAUAAUAACAUUUA